AUGACUAUCCCAACUCAAUCCUCUCUCUCCCCAAGAGUCUCAAAAUCAGACAUGAAAAUAAGAGAAAGAUCCUCGUCCAUUAUCUCUUAUGUCAAGCCAGACUCCGAAGACGAAAUAGUUGACCAAAACUCCCUCCCAAACUUGAAUGCAAAUUGGGUACAUGGCAAAGGUGCCUGGUGUAUCCAUAUUGUUAUAAUCAUUUUCCUUAAGAUUUUCUACGAUUUCAUUCCUGGAAUAACUAAAGAGCUAAGCUGGACAUUAACCAAUCUAACAUAUGUCGCUGGUUCCUACAUAAUGUUCCACACUUUUAAAGGCACUCCAUUCGAAUUCAAUUCUGGUGCUUACGAUAAACUCACAAUGUGGGAACAAAUUGAUAACGGCGACCAAUACACUCCUGCCAAAAAGUUUCUCUUUUUUGUGCCUUUUGCUUUAUUUUUGAUCAGUACCCAUUAUUCGAAAUACAGCUUGACUUAUUUUACUUUAAAUGGAAUAUUGUGUUUAAUUGGAAUUGUUCCCAAAUUGCCCUUUACCCAUAGAUUAAGGAUCUCCAUCCCGUUCAUCACCCAAUAUUGA